AUGUCUUGCUUGAAUGGUUACCCGUUUUGGCUGAUUUGGGGAAGCGUACGCGAAUAUUCCGCUGAGUCAUCGGCAACAACGCCGAACAUUCGCAGCAGUCUGCGCGCGCGCCCACGGAUACAUACGCGUCUCGACCCAAGAGGCGAGUGGUGUCGACCAAAAGCAGUCCAAAAUGCCGAAGGAGAAGAACUACAACCCUGUCCAGGCCCAACGGAAGGCGGACAAGGCCAAGGCAAGGCCGAAGUGCAAGAACGGCGCAAUGAGAGAUUGGCUCGCAAGAACCCCGACCGAAUUCAACAACAAAUCGAUGAACUAAAAGCUGUCACCUCCAAGGGCGGCAAGCUGUCGAGUCGAGAAGAACAGGUGCUUGAGGGGCUGGAGAAAGAACUGAAGGCGGUCAAGAAGGCCAGAGAUACACUCGGCGAUAAGGCGCCCACCUUUCACCAACGACGAGAUGGCGACUCGAGACACGGCGUUCUGGGCAAGAGGAGACGAGGCACAGAAGACGCGUCCAGCAGUGACGACGACGUUCCAGAAGACGUUCGGAGAAUACCCAUGCCGCGAGACACCCCUCCUCCGAUACCAAAAGACGUUCUAGAUGAGUGGUACGCGAAGCGCCGAGCUCGACGAAACGCGGAGAAUGCCGCCAGGCAGGACGCUCGAGGAGAGACGGACAAGGACAAGGACACGGACAAGGCCAAGCAGGCGGCGCCGGUUGUUGAGCACAAGACAGUAUACGAAGCGAAACCCGUCAUACGCGACCUUCGGCAAGAGGCCGUUUCAGCUUUCGUCCCGGCAGCGGUGCAGGCGAAGAUGAUGAAGGGCAAAGGCCAGGGAGGACUUAUGGAGCCGGAAGAGGCAGACCGGCUGGAGCGAGAGGGCUACUUGAAGACGACAGCGGAAGUCGGCGAGCAGCCAAAGAGCGAACCGCCGGGCCCCGAGAACGCGGCGGUAUCCCUCUCAGCUACCGUCGAGGAUAUCGAGGAUGAGGACGAGGACGAGUGA